GAAGCGACUAUGAAUAUUAGCGAAAUUAUUUCUUUCAGAGGAUAUCCCAGUGAGGAAUAUGAAGUGGUGACAGACGAUGGUUAUAUUCUGAGUAUUAACAGAAUCCCUCAUGGCAAAAGAAAUCAGUCAAACAAGGGUGAGUAUCCGAAGCCCGUAGUGUUUCUGCAACAUGGCUUGUUUGGCAGUAGCGAUAACUGGGUGUCAAAUCUGGACAACAACAGCCUGGGCUUCAUACUGGCUGAUGCUGGCUAUGAUGUUUGGCUAGGAAACAGUAGAGGGAACACUUGGUCCAUGAAACACAUUAACUAUACUGUGGAGCAAGAAGAAUUCUGGCAAUUCAGUUUUGAUGAAAUGGCUAAAUAUGACCUUCCAGCUUCAAUAAAUUUUAUCCUGAGAAAAACUGGACAAGAGAAAAUAUUUUAUGUUGGUCAUUCCCAGGGCACCACAAUGGCAUUCAUUGCAUUUUCAACCAUGCCACAGCUCGCCCAGAAGAUAAAAAUGUUCUUUGGAUUGGCACCAUCGGUCAACACAGUUUAUUCUAUCAGCCCAAUAUCAGCUGUGAUCACUCACAUGCCUGAAUCCUUGGUCAAAGUAAUAUUUGGAACCAAGCAGUGUGCUGCUCAAAGCAAAACUUUUAAAUGGUUUGCUACUAACCUGUGUAAUCGUUUCUUACUUGAUCAUGUUUGUGCCAGUUUUUUCUUCCUAGGGAUGGGCUUUAAUGCGAAAAACAUGAAUCUGACUCGAAUCAAUGUAUAUUUAUCACACUGCCCAGCUGGGACAUCUGUGCAGAACGUGCUUCACUGGAGUCAGAAUAGGAGGAGUAAGGAGUUCAAAGGUUUUGACUGGGGUAGCAAGGAAGAGAACAUGGCUCACCACAACCAGGAAACAGCACCUUCCUAUGAUAUUAAACAAAUGACUAUUCCAACAGCUCUCUGGAAUGGUGGAAACGACUGGGCUUCAUCUCCAAACGAUUUUGCACUGCUGCUGCCUCAGGUCUCAAAUCUAGUUUACCACAAGUUUAUUCCUGACUGGGCACACCUGGAUUUCAUCUUGGGCUUUGAUGCCCCACAGCGCAUGUAUAAAGAGAUAGUUGAGUUUAUGCAGAAUUAUCAGUGAGUUUGUGAUCCUGAAAUAGUCCUUCAAGAAAUCAGCACAAUCAGUCUAUGUCUAUGAUGAUGACGACAACAACAACUACAAAAACUACAAAAAAAAAUCACCUUGGAAAGAAAUCCCUAUAUUUUUGAACUGCUUAUCAUUAUUUAUAUCCAUGCAUUUUUAAUGGAGGUGUUGAGACAUAACUCAAGUGACUUCUCCU